AAAAUGAAAAAGCAGUUUAAAAUAUUUUCUGAAAAUAUGUUUAGAAAACAACACUCACAAUAUGAAAACAAUAACCGAGAUAAUAUUCGCAUUCAAUUUAAUAGUUAGUCUUUCUGGUAGAAGCAUUAGCAAUAAACAACCAGCAGAUCUAUAUCAAGGACUAAAUGGAAAUAAUGACAAAGAACUUAUACAUAAAAGCGUAAGAAACGUUAAUGAAGAAGGUAGUUAUAUAUCUAAUUUAAAUGAAAAAAGUAAAAAAACCAAAGGUGCUGAUAAAAAAACCAAAGUUUUUAAUGAAGAAAUAGAAGACUUAGUUGAAGAAACAUAUGAAAAAAAAGAAGAAGAAGCAAAAGAUGAAGGUAAAGAAGAAACAAAAGAUGAAUAUGAAGGUGAAGAAGAAACAAAAGAUGAAUAUGAAGGUAAAGAAGAAACAAAAGAUGAAUAUGAAAGUAAAGAAGAAGCAAAAGAUGAAGAAAUAAAAAACUUAGUUAAAGAUGAUAAAGAAAUAAAUGAUGCAAACAAGGAAACUCAAAAUGCAUACGAAGAAACGAAAAAUCUUAUUAAGGAAACAAGAGACGAUGAAAAAGACGAAGACGAGGAAAUAAAAGAUAUAUUUAAAGAAAUAAAAGAUUCUGAAAAUCUAGUUAAAGAAGUAAGAGGUAUUACUGAACAAACAAAAGAUGAGGACGAAGAAGCUAAAGAUGCUAACGAAGAUUUAGAGUUUCUAAUUGCAGAAACAUGGAAAGAAGAAACAAAAGAUGCAGAUGAAAAAGCAACAGAUUCUGUUAAAGAAAAAAAAAAUUCAAUCAAAGAAUUAACAGAUUCAGAUAAAGAAACAACGGAAUAUGACCAAGAAACAACAGACAUUUAUGAAGAAGCAAAAAGCUUUACUAAUUUAAAAAAAGAAACUGAUAAAGAAAAAAAAAGAUCUAAUGAAGUAAUGAAAAACUAUAUUGAAGAAACAGAAGAUACUGAUGAAGAAACAAAAGAUACCAAUGAAGAAAAAGAAAAUACCAAUGAAGAAACAAAAGAUACCAAUAAAGAAACAAAAGAUACCAAUGAAGAAACAGAAGAUACCAAUGAAGAAAACAAAGACAUAGCUGAAGAAACAGAAGAUACUGAUGAAGAAACAGAAGAUACCAAUGAAGAAAAAGAAAAUACCAAUGAAGAAACAAAAGAUACCAAUAAAGAAACAAAAGAUACCAAUAAAGAAACAGAAAAUAUCAAUGAAGAAAAAAAAGACAUAGCUGAAGAAACAGAAGAUACUGAUGAAAAAACAAAAAGUUCCAACGAUAAAACAAACGACAGUGACGAGGAUGAAAAUUUUCCAACUAAACCAGUUUAUAACGAAGCCGCUAAACAUCAAACUGUCAAAAAAAAUUUUGAAGAUUCCGAAGAUUCGGAAGAAAAUGUAUAUACUUUUACUAAAAUUAAUCUCCAGCCAAAUGAAAGAAAAAUUAUACAAAGCGAAAAAAACAACGAUAAAUUUAAAAAUGAUAAUAUAAAAGAAUACACCUCAUCAGUUGAUAAGCAAAUCGAGGAAGGCAAACGCUUGAUCAAAGAGUUAGAAAUAUUAAUGAGCGUUGAAAACAACGGAGUGGGGAAAAACUUAUGAAAAACUUAUGAAAAAAUUUAAAGGACGGAAGAUUGGCAUCAUAAACCGAGUAAAUUAUUAUUAAUGUUGUUUGCGUUAAUGUUCAAGCCAAUGUUCAACAUCGGAAGAACAUUGAAUUUUGUAAUACUAAUUGUAAUGUUGAUUGUAAUUAUAAUUGUUUUUUGAA